CGUUGAAAUGACGCGCGCCCAGCGUUAACACAACGCUCGCGUCAAAGUGAAGCUGCUUUCGAUUGAUACACACCCAACCAAGUAUUUAAACUUCCUGUCUGAUUCGAUUCCUCCUUCUACUACCAACUCUUUCCUCUUUAAUACUUUUGCCAUUCAAAUCAAUCGCGUGAAACAUGUCUAAUGAGUUGUGUCCGGAGAGGCCUUUAUUUGGUGGCGCAAUCUCCAGUGCCUUCCCUCAAAGAUUCCAGGAUGCGAGUAAUAUCCGACAAGUUCCAGAUCAUCAGGAAGUGUUUGUUGAUCCUUCAAGGGAUGAGAGUUUGAUUUUUGAGCUUUUGGAUUUCAAGACUGACGUUGGGGACGUUGGCAGUGCUUCUUGGUUCCUUCAUGAUCUUGCUCGUGAGCAAGAUGCCCAAGGUUUCAAGUUGAUUGAGCAAUCAAAUGUCAUUGAUGUGCCUGGAUUGUCUUAUAGAAACAUUCCUUCCGUUGCCACUACUGCUAUUGGAGAGAUGGCUAUAUCCAAAGGAAGACAGGGAAGAGAAGCACAAAACCUAUUGAAGGUUUAUGUGGCAAAUAUUCGUCUUAAGGGAGUUGAAACAGAUGUCUUAGUCACUGCGUAUGAACCUAUUCUCAUCAACCCGCUGAGCGAAAGUGCGAACGCAGUAGGAUCUGGUUUAGCUGUACCAGCUUCACAAUCUGGAAUAAUGCCAAUGUGUGAUGUCAUUAAACAAUCACUCUCUACUUUCAAAGUCAAUGACUGGAGUCUUUUUGGUUCCUCUGCUUGAAUCUAUAUUUUUCUAUGCUUCAUCAGCAAAUGCAAAGCUGCCAUUUGGUGUUUUUUUUUUGUUCCGUUUUUUAACUUAUUUUGGAGUUCAAGUUGUGUGAGUCUAUCCACCUAGUUAUUAUCUUUAAGCAUUGUUCUUUAGCUUCUGAGUAAUGAGUUUAUUAUCGCA